CUCAUUGAAAAAGUCUCUAAAGCACAAUUUUACUAAAACUAAAAUGAGGUGACUGCUCUUUGUUUCAAGUGUGCCAUAAAAUAUAUCUGUUUGAAUUAUUCCUGCCAUUUCCUGUGCCCAUAUUUUGGUUCAGUUUCUUUAGAAAAAGAGGAAAAAGGAAGGAAAAAAAGGCCUUAUUGCACAUCACACAACUCUUAGCUUUUUUUUUCCUUUUAAAUCAUAAUUUCUGUUUUCUAGAUGUCAGUGGUACUUCAAGGCCAAGAUGACCUCAGAGGACAAGAGACGAACAACUUGUCAGAAUGGACAUGUCCCUUUUCCAGGAGUAAAGACCUACGUGGACCCUGACACGUAUGAGGAUCCCACACAGGCCGUGCACGAAUUCACUAAAGAAAUCGACCCGCCUAGGAUUCGCAUCGAGAGGGUGAUCGGGGCGGGUGAAUUCGGUGAGGUGUGCAGUGGUCGCUUGAGAACACCAGGAAAGAAGGAGAUUGCUGUGGCUAUAAAAACCCUGAAAGGAGGAUACGUGGAGCAUCAGCGGCGGGAUUUCCUGCGAGAGGCAUCCAUCAUGGGCCAGUUUGACCACCCAAACAUCAUCAGACUUGAGGGCGUGGUCACAAAAAGCCGGCCUGUGAUGAUCGUUGUGGAGUAUAUGGAAAACGGAUCGCUGGACUCGUUUCUCAGACAACAUGAUGGUCACUUCACAGUUAUCCAGCUGGUUGGCAUGCUUCGUGGCAUCGCCUCGGGCAUGAAGUAUCUGUCAGACAUGGGCUACAUUCACCGAGAUCUGGCAGCUCGUAACACACUGGUCAACAGCAAUCUGGUGUGUAAAGUGUCAGACUUCGGCCUGUCGCGAGUGCUAGAGGACGACCCGGAGGCGGCUUACACCACAACGGGUGGUAAGAUUCCAAUCCGAUGGACAGCUCCUGAAGCCAUCGCAUACAGGAAAUUCUCCUCAGCCAGUGACGCUUGGAGUUAUGGCAUUGUCAUGUGGGAGGUCAUGUCUUAUGGAGAACGACCUUACUGGGAGAUGUCCAAUCAGGAUGUGAUUCUGUCCAUAGAGGAGGGCUAUCGGCUGCCUGCACCAAUGGGCUGCCCCGUGGCGCUGCACCAACUGAUGCUGCACUGCUGGCAGAAGGAGAGGAAUCAUCGACCCAAAUUCACAGACAUUGUUACCUUCUUGGACAAAUUAAUUCGUAACCCAAGCAGCCUGCUGCCAUUGGUGGAAGACCUCCAGAGCCUACCAGAAUCCCCGGUGGAGGAGAUGGACUACCCAAUGUUCAUCUCUGUUGGCGACUGGUUGGAUUCGAUCAAAAUGAGUCAGUACAAGAGCAGCUUUAUGGCUGCAGGCUUCAACACGCUGGAUUCUGUGGCAAGGAUGAGCAUAGAAGAUGUGAGGCGUACUGGUGUGGAGCUGAUCGGCCACCAGAGGCGGAUCGUCAGCUGCAUACAGACCCUUCAGCUUCAGCUUCUGCACGAACAGGAGAAGGGUUUCCAUGUAUGAAGGCACCCUUUACCACAGCCCAGGAUGCACAGACAGCUGAAGCAGGAGGGAGUGAAGUCUAACCAAUAAGAGGACGGGUCUACAGCCAGUGCCUGAGUCUGCUUGAACCCUCACGCAGGAGGUCAAUGAUAAUUCACUCUAGCAGACUUCUUCCUGGUCUCUCAUUCUUCCCUGCAGACUCUUUUCUACUUUACACCCCUGACACCAAACGCCUGGUUCUACCAGACAACUACAGCCUGACAGACUGGCCCGGGCUCUCACUUAGGGGAAUGUAAUGCCUUGUUGCAACAACAUUUAAUCUACUGAAUCUUUGGACUUUUUACGCUCAUGUAGCUGCUAUUGGGUGUGCUAUCUGUUUGGUUGUUUGAGAAAAAAAUCUCAAUAUUUUUCAGUUUAGAGUUUGAUCUGAUUUAUUAUGAAGGUUUAUUUGAAUUGCUUUAGUUAUUAAUAGCUCUCUAGAGAACCUGGUACACUAAUAAUACUUGAAAGAAAUGAAAAGUAAGUUAGAAAGAUGUAUUGAAUGUUUAAGUGUGUAGAUAAUUGAUAAUAACUAAUAUAACCCGAUAUAAAUAUAUGUGCUGUCCUGUUUGUGAAAGCCCAAGUGAACCUGAAGUUUAUUUUGAAUCUUAUCAAGAUCAGCAAUACAGUAUUAUGCAGUCACCUCAGUAUCUCAGAGACAAAUGAAGAAUUGUAAAAUGAUUUUUAAUGUUAGACUAAUUUGUUUCAAGGAAAUUUAUCACCAUGGAACUCUUGACAGUUUAGGAACCCAGUGAUUCAGCUUCAUUUUUUUUUUCAAGUUAUUCUGAUUUUAUUGAUUUAUUGUGAAUGUCAAACCUUGCCUAGAUAAAAGUACAUGAUCUUCACCAUCUUAAUAUUUUGAAUGUUCACAGAUUUUACUCAUAAAAAGAAGUUUUAAACGACCCGGAGGCUUAACGAAAACUUAAAUGGCUCUUCCUGUCACACACAAGACAGAUAGAUGUUUUGAUUUGUGGUGGACACUAGCACACACAUUAUCUGAUGGAGUUUACAACCUAGUGGUUAUAUAAAGGUUGUGGUAGAUAAAGAUCUGCUCUGAUUUGCAGUAGGUGUUAUGGUUUCAGGUGUUUGCCCUUCAGAUCUGGAUUUUCUUCAUUCUCUGUGGUGCAGAAUACGUGUUGGUAGAGCUGGAGGCAACAGAAGUGGUUGUGUGGUUCAGUCUGGUCAGGAGAGGAGGCAGCUUCAUUAUAAUUCAUCACAUCAUCAGAAGAAGCAAACACACACUGAAUGCCUUAUAGUCCGUUAGCCAUGCAAGACAAAAACACUUUAAAGUAUUUUGUGAGUUUCAGUGCAGUCAGGACCUAGCCAUUCCUUUGAGAGGAACUACCUUUGGUUUUUAGCUCAGUUUAACCAGACCCGAGGUCUGCUGGUCUGUGCCUUGCGGCCACAGUGCAGUCACGUAUCCGGGCCUGCAGGGGAGCGAAAGGUGCACGCAUGCAUCCAGAUAGAUUUACACACACACACACACACGUUCACAGUUUCCACCCCUCUACAGAAUCCUGAAACGAUCAGAUGCUGUUUGUUUAGCAUGUUCUACUGCUGAGCAAUGUUAGGACGUUCUUUUGUACAAAGUACAAGUCUACUUCUAAUUCUUGUAUUUUAUUUUUCUAUGAUUUCCAAAGAGAUGUUGUAGAUCUUGCGCAAAGUAAGAGGCAGUUUCAGCGAAUAUUUCUUUGCAAAUAAAGAUGAACGGUUCUAGUGAC